AUGGCAGAUCAAUCAGAUCAAUAUCCGUCAGGUGAAAAUUCUCGUGCACCUUCACCACUCCCUAUCCCCGCACGGUACCCUCACGAAGACCUCGACGAUAACGCGCACAUCCACUCAUCACCUGCCUUCGACUAUCACGAAGAGAGAAGACUGCAUUUGAAAGAUGAAAUAUGGCUGUCACAUCAUUUACCAAGAUUGCCACCUUCUACUAUAUCCGAAGCUGGAUCAUCAUCAGCCAGUAGAACCGGUGAAAUGAGCACCAGCGUCAAAGGACGUUCACCAGGUCAUUAUAUCCCAGACUUACAUACAUCCCCACUCGCUCAAACUCGAGCUAUGCCAUCAAACACAAGCACAAGUCCUGGGCAAGUUGAUUUGGGAACUAAAGGAGAUAAUUUGGAACGAGGUGGUGGUGGGAUGGCAAUGAGAUCAAAUUCCCCUUCAAAUGAUCAUGAUGAUGAGACUGAUCUUGCAUCAAAAUUCCGGCGCCAUGCUGGAAUUGAUGAUCAAGAAAGACAGUCAAGUAUGUUGUCACCUUCUGGACCCGAAGACGGUGAUCUGGAUCCUGCGCCUUCCAUCAUUCACAGACAAGAAAGAGACAAAGAGGAAGCACUCGAUUUAGAGGAAGAAGGAAGGGAAAGAAAUCUUGAUGCGGCCCUUCUUCAAGCUCUGAAUGCCGGUGAUAAGGGCGCAGGAAUAGAAACUCAGGCAGCUCAAAUAGCCUCUGCGACUCAAGCUCAACCUCAGCAAGGAAUCGGUAGUGAACUUGAACAACUAUAUGCAUCAUUCGCUCGAUGUCUUGAUCUUCGAGACAAGUAUCUUGAGUUAUCGAAUCAACGACUUGGGGAUAAUCCGAAAGAUCACGAUGGUACAUUCCAUGGUUUCACUCCUCCUUCAUCGGGCGAUGUUAUGGGGCUCAAGGCAGAAGUAUCACUUGAAACAUGUGAAUCACCUUUUGCUUCUCGAAAAGACAAUCUACCAACAUGGAAUAUCUAUCCACCGCCUCCACCACCACAUUGGCAUUGGAAGCCAUCUGACGCUGGACCACAUCCUGAACCUACCGAUUCGGACGGAACAACGAGGGAUACUACUUCUACCAGUGCAGGCGAUCAUCGACAAUUCAACGUCAACGAUUGUGACAUACAAGAGGAAGACAAAAGCCGUGUCUUUGAGUUGAACGAGGAAGGAGUUUUCACUGUUUAUCUCGCUGAUCAACCUAAUGAUACCCCAAAUAAUGCUGGAACAGGCAAUGGGAAAGGUAAAAAGCCAUUAUCGAGAGUACCAAGUCUGAAAGAGUAUUUCACAGAUCUCGACUAUCUAUUGGGAGUUUGUUCAGAUGGUCCAGCGAAAAGUUUCGCAUUCAGAAGAUUGAAGUACCUCUCAAGUAAAUGGAGUUUAUACUGUCUGUUGAAUGAGUACCAAGAAUUAGCAGAUAUGAAAGCUGUUCCUCAUAGAGACUUCUACAACGUACGAAAGGUCGAUACGCAUAUCCAUCAUUCUGCAAGUAUGAACCAGAAACACCUGCUGCGAUUCAUCAAAUCGAAAUUGAGGAAAGCUCCAAAUGAAAUCGUCAUUCAUCGAGAUGGAAAAGAUCUCACCCUGGAAGAGGUUUUCGAGUCACUUAAUUUGACGGCAUAUGAUCUUUCAAUCGAUACUCUGGAUAUGCACGCUCAUCAAGAAUUCCACCGAUUCGACAGGUUUAAUGACCGAUACAAUCCCACAGGAUCGUCUCGAUUGAGAGAAAUCUUUUUGAAAACGGAUAAUCUGCUGAAGGGAAAAUACCUUGCUGAAUUGACGCAAGAACUGAUCGCAGAUCUAGAGCAGAGUAAAUACCAAGUAUCCGAGUGGAGAUUAUCGAUUUACGGAAGAAAUGUCAACGAGUGGGACACACUGGCUAAAUGGGUUGUAAACAACAAACUUGUUUCACACAAUGUCAGGUGGUUGAUCCAAGUGCCUCGAUUGUAUGAGGUGUACAAAGGGUCCGGAUUGGUGAACAACUUUGAGGAUGUGGUUAGAAAUGUCUUCCAACCUCUUUUCGAGGUCACCAAAGACCCGGCUUCUCAUCCCGAAUUACACAUCUUCCUUCAACGAGUAGUAGGAUUCGAUAGUGUAGAUGACGAAUCAAAACCUGAACGAAGGUUAUAUAGGAAAUUCCCAACUGCCAAGAUGUGGGAUACUAGACAAAGUCCUCCAUACAGUUAUUGGAUAUACUAUAUGUAUGCAAAUAUGGCUUCGUUGAACGCUUGGCGAAGAACGAGAGGAUUUAACACAUUCGUGCUUCGACCACAUUGUGGAGAAGCUGGUGAUCCGGAUCAUCUUUCCUCGGCAUUCUUGACUGCUCAUUCGAUCUCCCAUGGUAUAUUACUUCGAAAAGUUCCUGCUCUCCAAUAUCUUUUCUACUUGAAGCAGAUCGGGUUGGCAAUGAGUCCAUUGAGUAACAACGCUCUGUUUUUGACCUAUGAGAGGAAUCCAUUCAAGGAUUACUUCAAAGUCGGUUUGAAUGUCUCGCUCUCCACAGAUGACCCACUUCAAUUCCACUUCACUGCCUCACACUUACUGGAAGAAUACUCUUGUGCCGCUCAAAUAUACAAGCUUACCCCUGCGGACAUGUGUGAAUUGGCGAGGAACUCUGUACUUCAGAGUGGAUGGGAAAUGCAAGUCAAGAAACACUGGAUCGGUCAGAAAUGGUAUUUACCUGGUGCAGCGGGUAACGAUAUCCACAAGACCAACGUUCCUACCAUCAGAUUAGCAUACAGACAUUCUACCUUGCUGGAAGAACUAGCUUUAAUCCGACAUGGGCAGCAUUCACCUUCCAAUACACCUACUCAUCUCAAACCUAAAUCAUCUCAAUUACCUGAUCAACCUCAAACUCCCUCUAAUCCUGGUCCUGGAGAAGAUCAAUCCUCAUCAGGCAUAACGAAGAUAGCGAAUAGACCAGGGAUGACUACUCACCCUUCGGACGUAGCUGCUGCUGCGAUGUCGAUGACUAAUUCUACAGUCUACGGUGAAGGUUCCGGUUCAGGUCACUCGGUAGCUUUGGCUCCUCAUUUAGUAGGUGGUGUAGGUACUUUGGAUGAAAGAAGUAGGAAGAAGAGUAUGAGUAACCUGAAUCCUAGAAGUGGAUCAGGGACUGUUACUCCUCAAGAUCAAGAAAGGUCUCACGAGAUCAGAAGAUAA